CAAUCGCAUGUUGUUCUUGCUCUCGCGUAUGAGCUUGCCACACGACCCGGUGUUAAGGUUGCUAUCGCGUCCUUCGCAGCUCUCGAGAAACGCGUUACUCAGUUGCAGAUGCAACUACGAGACGCAGGUUACAAUUCGUCCAAUAUUUCUUUCAGUCUACUCCCUGGCCGCGGACACAUCGAAGCAGUUGGUAUGACUAGGCUUGAUACACCGCAUGCGCCGAGCAUGCUGCUUCCGUGGAUAGAGUCUGAAUACAUGGACCAGCUCAGAACGAUCGAAGAUAUUGUUCACAAGUUUGAACCGGAGGUAGUGGUGGUGGAG